AUGAAUUCUUCUAUUCCAAUUGCUGACUCGAUUCGCGAGUCUCUUUCGCUUAUUAGUGUUACACCAGGGAGCAUUGCGCUGUAUACCGCCUUGGCCGCCGUUUUACCUCUGGUGUAUACCUUCGUUACAACAAGUUUAAACGCAGGAAAUCCGACGAAAGAUGGCGAGCCACCGGUUCCGCCGUACUGGAUUCCUUUUCUGGGACAUGCAUUCAGCUUGAUGGGUAGCAUGAACAAGUUACAUAGUGGCUAUAGGAAAAUGGAUGGUCGCUUAGGAAAACCUCGUACCCUUUUCGUGUUCGGCCAGAGAAUAUAUUUUAUUACAGACCCCGCAUCCAUCCUGUCAAUGUGGCGUAAAGGGAAGACAGUUGUUUUCGAACCAUUGACCGAGUUUGUGCUGAGAAACCUCUUUGGUACAACAGAUAGUUGCAUCAAGGUUGUGUCCGUGGGUCUGCCAGGUAUCGACCAGACAGGGUUGGAGGGGCAACUUGGAUGGUCAAAGAUCAUACAUAAGUGGUAUCUUCAAGAGUUUAAUCUUGGAACAAGUGGGUUGGAAAGCUUGACAAGGCAAUUUAUUCGAGAGCUCAAUGUUGAAUUGGAGAAACAUACUGUGAACGAUUUCCACAAGGUUGAUCUCUUCGCAUGGGUCAAAGGGAUAAUGUUCCAAGCUUCGGGGCGAGCGCUUUACGGUCAUAAGCUACGGAUGGACGAUGAGUUUGUUCGUAAUUUCUGGAAAUGGGAUAGUGGUUUCCUACAGCUGGCUAGAUUGUACCCUGACUUCCUAAUUCCAGGGGUUCGAGCAGCAAGAUCUAAGGUUCUGGACGAAUUUGUUAGAUGGCGUCUGGAAGUUCAAGACUUUGCGGAGGACAUUGAUGAAGAUGUAGCUUGGGAGGAAAACCUUGGGGCCAGGUUGGUCCGAAAUCGUGUCAAAUUGAAUAGACAGGUUUUCGCAGAAGACGACCAUAUUGCACAUGCUUCGAUUCACGUGUCUCUGUUCUGGGGUCUCGAAGCAAACGCCAUACCUACAACUUGCUGGAUGAUUGCACACAUUUUGUUUACACCUGGGCUACUAGAAAAAUUGAGGAAUGAGGUCGCUUCAUGCACCGAAGAUCCAGUCAAAGGUUCUUCUUUGCCAACGUUUGAUGUUGAAAAAUUGACCAAACUUCCUCUUUUAAACGCUGUUUGGCAAGAGACACUUAGACUCGGAGUUUCAGCUCUUUCACCUCGUAUUGUUCUUGAGGACACCGAGAUUGACGGAUAUAUGUAUAAAAAGGGUGGUAUGAUACAAGGUCUCUCCUUACUUGUUCAAAUGGAGGAAGAGUACUGGGGCAAGGAUGUCAAUGAGUUUAACCCAGAUCGAUGGCUGCCUUACCCGGGCGAGGACCCGACGAUGGCCACGAAGAGAAUUCGCGAAUUUCAAUCCAAGCUUAGACCUUUUGGUGGAGGUACUACUGUGUGCCCUGGAAGACACUUCGCAUCACAAGAGAUUCAAGCGAUUGUAGCUGUUCUCGUCACGGCUUUUGAGUGGGAUACGGCGGGUGGAAAGGUUCCUGAGGUCGAUCGAGACUUCUUUGGGGCGGGUGGCUUACCUGCGAAAGGAGAUGUAAAAGUGAGGUUUAGACGACGGGUGUGA